AGCGCCCGGAAGAGCCGUCCGUGCAGCCGGCGCAACAGGCGGCGGAGGGGGCGCGGGCCGGCGCGCAGCAGGCCCGGGAUGGACAAGCUGAAGAAGGUGCUGAGCGGGCAGGACACCGAGGACCGCGGCGGCCUGUCCGAGGUUGUUGAGGCAUCUUCGUUAAGCUGGGAUACCAGAAUAAAAGGCUUCAUUGCCUGUUUUGCUAUAGGAAUUCUCUGCUCGCUGCUGGGUACUUUUCUGCUCUGGGUGCCGAGGAAGGGCCUAUACCUCUUCGCAGUGUUCUAUACUUUUGGUAACAUCGCAUCAAUUGGGAGCACUGUCUUCCUCAUGGGACCGAUGAAACAGCUGAAGCGAAUGUUUGAGCCGACGCGUUUGAUUGCAACUAUCAUGGUGCUGUUGUGUUUUGCACUUACCCUGUGUUCUGCCUUUUGGUGGCAUAAAAAGGGACUUGCUCUCAUCUUCUGCAUUUUGCAGUCUUUGGCCCUGACGUGGUAUAGCCUUUCCUUCAUACCAUUUGCAAGGGACGCUGUGAAGAAGUGUUUUGCUGUGUGUCUUGCAUAACACCCGGCCAGUGUUGGAAAGCUUUGGAAGGCACUGUGGACGGAAGCUGGUGGGCAGUUUUGUAAAUACCUUCUAAACCUGGCUUACAGGCGUGUGCCUUGUAUCUUGCAGCAGUGUGUUGCUUGCAGUCCAAACAUUUGAGAGUUCCUUUUGGAGGCAGCCAAAUGUGUGUAGUAUAGUAUGAGAGGUGGGUUCUGUAUC